UCACUGCAACUCCUGCAACACAAUGCGAAUCCUGGACUUAGCUACAGAAUUCCUCCCUAACAAUGGGGAUCUCGAGGAAUCCCUAUUAAAAAUUAUUGACAGCAGCAAUGCACACUAUAUCAAAGAUACUCUUCGGAAGAGGCAGCUCAUGAAAGUCCAAAUGAAAACUAUCCUUGUGGGUUUCGACGAAGAGGGAUUUUAUACAAAAGGGAGUUUAUCCAACGUUGUUUGUAGCCUGUUUGUUCAGUACUUUGCCAGUGGGAACUAUGGAUUUGUAAAGAUAUUAAAAUGGAAUGAUCUGAUUGAUCAAGAGAUUGAAAGCACACGAGAGCUACUGAAGGAGGCCAUCUCUAUUCUCAAUAAGGUUCAUAUUUAAGCUUACUUACAACUCUUAUUUGCAUGGGCCUCGAAAAUUAGGCAGCUUCUCUUUUCAGCGAAUGUCUAAUGAGCCUCCUUUAGGUUGAGAAGGGCAAUAAUGCUUUCCAUUUAUUCAUUUAUAUUUUAUUUUUAAUUAUUUUUUUCUUCUGCUUUUUGUUCCUGUUUUAUUUUUUCUGGGGUUUGGGGUGUUAAGGGGAUCAUUAUUAGGGGUUGGGAAAGCAAGACUGGUGUAUGGAUACUUUCUUAAAUUGGCUACUUUUCUAACCUUCCUGUAAAGAGCUGAAAACUGAUGGGGUGCUCUAAAAAGCUUUAGACGGGGAGGCUCAGUGUUCCAGAUGGUCAAUUACUUGACAAAGAAAGCUUCCUGACGCAACAGAUGACAUAUAAGUGUUAUGUUACAUAUAACGAAAAAAAUUAGCAUGUGGUCUUUGUGACACCUCAGAUGGUCUACAUGUCUCCCCACUUGAAAGAAUUAACUAAAACACUGGAGGCUCAGUGCCCCGAGGUCCAACCCCUUGUCCUUUGUUUAAACCAUUUUUGACAGAAAAAAGUGCGCCCUUCAUAUUCCUUCUAUAAACAAAUGGUACUCCUUUGACAUACCUAAUUAGAACUUUACAUUGCUGCUGUAAAUGCCUUGUCUAGGUUAAAAUAUGAAUAAAUCACACAAACAGAAUGAACCUGAUAGAUAUAGUGCAUUGAAAUCCCAACUAACAAAUGCAGCAUUGAGUAGCAUUGAAUGUGAUAAUAAUUAAAGAAGGACUAUAUGACAAAAAUCUCUUCACCUCUUGUAUUGUUUUCUUGUAUUUUCCUCUAUAUUGACAAAUUGUCUCUAGGAAGUUCUCAGAUUAUGUACAGUCAUAACUGUACUGUAAUUAGAUUAUAAAGAUUAUAAAUUCUAAUGGUUAUAUCUUGUAAUGUAACAUUUUAUUUUUUAUUUUUGCAGUAUGCCCAGCAAAGUGGACAUGAAAGGUGUAAUGAAAUCUUCAGUGUUUUGAGCGCGAAUCAUAGACUCGAAUUGGCUGGCAAACAUGGUUGGUCUCAACAAUCCAAGUGUUUGUAUUUGGCAGGAUUUCGCCUGAUAGAUACCAAGGCCUCUUCAAUUUCAAGUGACAUUUGUCUCCUUGUCUACAAACCUGAUUUGAUUCCCAGUUUUCAAGUUGAGGAUGGAGUAGUAGGAGAUUAUGUGGAAACCUCUGCUGUUUUAAACAUUUGUGAAGAUCUCAUUACUUCCCUAAGUGUUUCAGAAGAAGGAAGACAAGAAGCCCAGUGUAUUCAAAGCUGUAUGAAAACAGUAAAUGAAAGUUCAACAUUGAUGUUAAGUGCAGUCCAGUCUUCUUUUCCUUGGAAUGGUAAUAUAUUUUUGCAUUUACAUUUUAGUAAAUUUAUGUUUAGGAGACAGCAUGGUGGAGUGAUACCGGUCACCUGUGUUCAAAUCGUUGUUUACUCACUUGCUAGGGUUGUUCUUGCUAUAGUGCCAAGUUCUAUGCCUCAUUGCUUUUAAAUAAAAAGCAAGGUGGCCUUCUCUUACUUAAAGAGGGUGUGUUCAAUCAGCCGUAUAAUUCCAGAAAUAUAAGUAUGAAUAGAAUAAACUCUUGACUAGAAAUAUCAUUAAUUUGUUGUGGCAUCCUUUGUAUGGUAAUAUCUAAAAAUCAAAUCAAAUGCACUGUUAAUAUGUUAAUUUAAAUAUUAUUUUGUUUCUGCAAUAUUAUUGUGGGCUACAAUAUGUAGAAAAAAGUUGGUCAGCAGAAGUUGCAUCCCCCCUGUAAAGUCAGCAAUUAAAUCACUGAUGAGUAUUUUUGCAGCCAUACGAUCAUGCAGUAACCAAAACAUUAAAAGUGUUCAAAAACUUUUCUCUAUCUUAUUAAAGGAUUAGCAGGUCCUUCUCCUGAUAAUCAAGUUGUUAUUGUUGGUGGAGGUUUAGCAGGCCUUUCUGCUUCAUUGUCGCUGUCUAAGGCUGGGUUUGAUGUGGUUAUGUUAGAGGCUGCUAACUACCUAGGUAAGUUGAUUGCUUUGACCUUUUUGGUGCUUUGAAUAUGCAGUAUUGUACUUGUACUGGUAAUACUGCCAGUGAAAAGUAGUCCGAAAAACAAACUAGUUUCCAAAGUAAUACACCAUAAAUCCUUUAUUAAGCCCCCCCCCCCUUUCUCUAAUAAACCCGCCUUUUUAAGGGAAGAAAGCUAACAAGCUCCCCCGUCUUUUAAGCCUCCCCGUCCCCUCCUAACAAUUAUGGGAGAUAUUUAUAUUUCUAAUGGGUGCUUCUUACAGGGUCUAACUUUUACUUUUGAGUUAUAACUUAAGUAAUAACUCAGUAGUGCAAGGUUCGAGUUGGUGAGGGUUCGAGUUAUCGGGAGUCACCUGUAAGAAACACCUUAUCAGAAGCACCCCCAUUAGAAACACUGAUAAAAGUCAAGUGAUUUUAAAGUUUACCAGUGGUUGCUGGGAGUGGCUUUCAUGUUAUGCUAUUCUGCAUCAUUUUAUACAUUUUCAUUUGAUGUCAUCACAGCAUUUGAAUCUGUGUAUAAAAUCAUUAAAGUGAAUUCACAUGUCUUUUGUGGCUCUGAUGACCAUCGUAAAAUGGCGAACCCGUCUCCAGUUAGAGACAUAAAAAUAGUGUCCCCAAUUAGUACUUUCAUGCAAAAUACAUUGACACUCAGAUAAAGUGCAUUUUUUUUAGUAUGAGCCACGUGGCCUGCCAUGGAUAUUUGGCACAAUAAAAUUAAUGACCUUAACUGAGAUGUUAUAUUUUGUAAUUAUAUAUUUUAAUAGGUGGCAGAGUAAAGCAAGCACAGCCUUUCAAAGGUUUUGGUUCUUUUGAUCUUGGUGGAGAAUUUAUUCAUGGAUCAAACACUGUCGUUAAUAAGCUUGCUCUGGAUAAUGGCUGGCCUAUCCUUCCUGUAAGUACAACAUAUGUACCAGUGACUCUUACUGCCUCAGUUUCUUGGUGCCAUAACCUCACAGAGGGAGAUACCAGUGGCAGAUCUAGAAGAGGUGCCCCCAGGGGGGGUACUAGGGUAAAUUUUUUAUGGGUAUGUGCCGCUGGCCUCUCAGAGCCGCUACCCCAUUAUAGUCUAUAUUUCUGUGACCAAUAAUAGAUCCCAUCUUAGUCACUUUUGGGCAAAUAUGUAAUUCUUGCGAUCCCAGCUUAGACACUUUCUAUUUUUAUGAAUUGACCCAUUUUUUAAACUGAAUGAAGAACACUUCAAUUUUCACCUACAGUACAAACAUUCUGGUAUGUUUGCCAACUGUAAAUGAAAUACUUUGUUAUCCCAAAAAAUCCGAAAAUGUGCAACCCCAUUCUAGUAACUCUAGUGAAAAUGCGACCCCAUUAGUCAAUGCAGUCAUGAAUAUGUGAUCCCAUCCAGUGGCACAUCCCCAUUAGCCCCCCCCUCCCACCCCCAGAGGUGCCCGGGAGAUUUGCCACCCCUUUCUUGGGCCAAAAUAGGACCACAAAACCAGCUUAAUUAGGAGAUUUAUCUUCAAUAGCAGGCUCACCUUAUCCAGGGCUCUAAAUAACCUUUCCAUAUUAACCCUUUAAGCCCCAAGAUCCACAUACAAAUUCUCCAAACUGAUCUCCAUACAUUUGUUUUAAGAAUGGUUGAGAGAAUUUGGUUUUAGAUCGAAGUGUUCUCCCUUUAAUAAUCAGUUUAUGUAAUUCUCAUAACCUUUACUCUUGAUGAUCUGCUGAUGAUGUUAGGAGAAAAUUGAUGUUGGUCACUCUUGGGACCUAAAGGGAUAAAGUGGAUGCCAAUGGUGAAAAAAGGCGGCAAUGACGAGGAAAGGGACUGUAAAGGCCCCCUGCCACAACAUUGCAUGGAGGGGAUGGGGGGGGGGAGCUUCAUUAGGACACAGUGUCUCAACUAAUUUUGUCGCCAAUUGCAGCUUUUUAAUAUUGAAACCCUUGCCCUUUGUAUGUGCCGCCGGGGACUCCAAAUUCAGUGAUUUUGUUGCCUCUGGGUCCCGUUCUAAAAAAAAAAUCCCCCUAAAAUUGAUAUAAGCGUUUUAGAAAUGGGCCAAUUUUUGAACCCCGUUCUAGAAUUCGCCCUAAAACUGAUCCCCCUUUCUAGAAAUGGGUUAAACCACAUUUUUCAUUUAGCCUUUGUUCUUUUAAACACAAGGACUAUAACAGUUUGCUUGUUAACACAUUGAACCCUUCAGAUUUUUAAAAAGCAAUUUGUCCUUCAAUAAUUUCAAAUGGAACUCAUUGGUUCUGGACAAAACUGGAUUUUUUCACAAGAUAAGUCCCAGGACUCGUGUUUAUUCAAAAUCAAUGUCUGGAUACAUGACCCCUCUUGUUCUAGAAAAAGCCUCUGAAAUGGAUAACCCGCCCCCACCCCUCCUGUUUCACUAAACCACUAGGACUAUAACACCAGACUUUUUAAAACAAAAACAUCAAAGAGAGUUCAGAAAAUUUGUGAACAUGUCUUUAACCCAUUGGGGAAUUUUGCCAAGAAACAUACCAGUUUUCUUGGUCACUGUCUGGCUAUUAUUUAAGUGCUAAAACUUACCAAAAAGCCCUUUCAAGUUCAUUCACUUCGCGGGCAUAUGCCAAUAUGCAAAGUAAAAAGCAAAAUGCCUUCCUGUGUAAUUAGAUGGAAGGAAGCAAAUGGCCGUGGAACAAGGAUUUUCAACUUUACAUGGUUUUUUGCCUUUUGGGCAAAUGCCAUUGUGGUAUGGUUUGAAAUUCCUGAACCGGCCUAAUUUGACUCUCAAAACUGAUCUGUUGCAAUUUGUUUGGUAUAAAAAAUUAUUUAUCCCUUAAAAUCAAUACCCUUGGUUAAUAAUCCUCAGAUCACAAAUAUAACCUAGCUUGACACCCAGCUUAACUCUAUGAUGGACACUAGCUAUCAUUUUAACGUUUCAAAUUUUACUUGAAAACCAUUUAUGUUCCUGAGCUGCAUAACGUUUUUCCCCUAAACUUUGCAGGCAGCCCAAAGUGAAGAUGAAGAAGAAGGUGAAAAAAUUUACUACAAAGGAAAAUUUUACUCUCUGUCCAGCAGCCAGCCAGAAAUUAAAGUCGCCAGAGAUACGUGGGAAGAAAUAAUCAGCACUAGAUACAAUCACCAAGGUAAUGAGGAUGGCUCGCUGUCAGAUUCCCUGAAUGACAGGUUUCAAGACCAGGGAUUGUCGCAGGAUGUUUUGGACGUUAUUGACUACUGGAAACUAAAGAUUUCAGCUGGGUCUUUGACACAUUAUGGAGUACGUGAAGGAAGAAGGAGAAUGGAAUCGAAAUUUGAGUGGGGUCUUGGAAAUUGCAGGUGAGCUCAGUACUUUGUAGGUCGUACAGUAUGACUUGAUAGUAUGUCUUCGGACAAAGUAAUGGUUGUACUGUGCAAGGUGGUCCUAACUUUAAUUUUGAAUUCAAGUAUUAACUCGUAAAGUGUGGCCAUUCACAUUAAAGCGUUUGAGCAGUGCUUUCCUGUGGUACUGUUUAUUGUGCUUCAAAAGGUGGUUUUACUUUUGAGUUUGUGGAUGAAAUCCUAAAGUGUGACCAUUCAACUGAAAGCUUCUGAGUAUUCCUUUCCUGUCUUACUUUUUAUUAUGCUGUACAAGGUGGUUCUUAAUUUUGAGUUUGUUGAUGAAGUCCCUCUCGGGGAGCUUGUCCUUACUUUUUACCUGUGUUUGACACUUCAGACUUGCUGAAUCAUAUUCCCAACUGGUAAAGUAUUACUUAGAUAACACCACAGAUGUGGAUAAACGACUCAACUGGCAAGUUAAGAAAAUCGUUUGGAAAGGUAAGGAGUAAACAGUCAUCUUUUAGAUACUGAAGUAGACAGUAUGUAUGUUUGAUUCUGUAACUGUCAUUUACGUUAAAUGUUCUUGCUAUGCUUGAAUGGACAAGGUGUGCAAUGUUAAAGUUCGUUUUAAGUUAAACUGCGGUACAUCUGUUUACUUUCACGCACCCGAAAGCGCGCGAGUAGCUCGAGUCUCUAUGUUCGACACACAUGCCUCUUCCGACUCUCUUUGUUCGUUAUCACACUUGUUUUAGAAGUCUGGCUUGAGGACCGUAUGCAUUCGUAUAAAAGACUUAACGACUGUAUUGCAGUCUAAGGUGUUACUGCUAUUCUGAUUAAAAAUGAAAGACGUAUUACAGAAAAAAAGCUGUGAUGUCACGGACAACAAUUUUUAAUAAUAAUAAUAAUUAUUAUUAUAAUUAUAACAAUCUUUGUACAGGGAGCUCACUUCACAAAGAGUGAUAUUCAAUGAGGUCCUGUAAAACAAUAGAAAAAAUAAAUGAUCUUGGAUAAAUGAAUACGUAAUACAGUCGACUCUCUAUAAGACGGACACCUCUGUAAAACGGACACCUAGAGUUGGUCCCUGCCUUUCUUAGCUCCCUCUAUUUGACUUUCUAUAAGACGGACAUCUCUCUAAGACGGACAGCUAGUGCCGGUCCCAAAGGGACUUGACUGUAGUAAUGACAAGUAAAAGUUAAGAACAAAAACUUAACUAAUAUAAGCUACGGGUUAAAAAUGACAGAAUGUCAGAUAGACUCUCAGAUAGAUUAAAAUUAAAUAUUAAAAGUUAUAAAUAUCUAAAAUAUACAGCUUUUACAGCUCUGUUUAAAAAGAAGAGAGUUAAUUUCUUUAAAAGAUGCGUCUAAAAAGUUCCAUUCCUUAGCGCAUUGAUAAAAAAGUCUCUGGUUUCCGAAAUUCCUUUUAACGAGAACAAGACGCGGUAUGUUUGGGUUAAAACCCUGCAACUUGAAAAGACGCCAGAACGUUUUAGAGACAGUUUAGACUCCUGGUAUUCCCAAAAAUUAAUAAAAAAUUUGAGGUCGAGAAAUGGUAGUUUUAUAAAAGGUAAGGUCGUUUGAUUGUUUUCAUUUUUCCUCGUCUAACUAUUGCGGACUAAGGCCCAGUUCAUACGUCAUGUUUCUGCCAUGCCGACUUAAUUUUUGAAUAAGUUUGACAAAAGCACUGUGGAAGCACGACCUAUGAACUGGGCCUAAAUUUCGGCGGAAAAGUGAUCUAAAAUGGUAACCGGUCUGGAUAACGCCCGUCAAAGGCUUAGUUUGGGAUUAACUUGCUCCAGGUCAGGGAAGUCUGGUUUAAAACGCUGACAUAACGGUGUAAAGUCGAUUCUCUAUGCAACAUUUUGUUUUGAAACAUUUGCAACUCUCUGCUAAGAAGUGUUUAUUUUCAAGUUCAGUGAGCGCUAUUUUUUUUGCAGAUGAAGACAGGCAUAGAUUAAAUGCUGGUGGAAGAAUUCUUUUAAAGAAUCAACACGGGGAAAUUAUGACCGCUAAAUACGUCGUCAUUACUGUCCCGCUUACAAUCCUCAAAGAUAGGGACAUCACUUUUGUUCCAGAACUUCCCGCUGACGAAAACAGAGCCAUAAACACGAUCCAGAUGCUUGGAGCGUGGAAAAUUAUUUGUCAAUUCAAACGCCGGUUUUGGCCCGAGAAACUUCAUCAAAUUUACAGUGUACGGGGAUUUACAAGUGAAAUAUGGAUGUGGUCACGGGACUCGGCUGUUAUUGAUGACAAGUGUCACGUGGUUGUUGGCUUUGAAACUGCUGAGUCUGGGGAACAGAAAAGUAGCCUCAGCGGGCAACAGGUCUUGGAGGGGUUCUUAAGCUAUUUGGAUGAGAUGUUCGGGUAAGAAAAUUUUGAUAUUGUAAGUACUUAAAAAUUUUUAAUGAAAACGCCGAAGUCAUGUCGUGGUAAAAGGAAACAAAAAGUCAAUGUUUACGAAAAAGAGCGGCCCCAUUCUUCGUGAAAUGAACACUGCUUAUAAUCCCUUGGCUGGUAUAGCAGAGCAAUAUACUCUCCAAAGCAUUACACCACUGAGUCGUGCAGCCCAAUGUAUGCCUAUUAUUGGCGUCUAGUUCACCAAGCUCAACUUCCUCUCAUUAUUUAUCACCUUACUAGAGUUAUUCGACAUCUUAGCAGUAUACAGGACACGUGUCACAAAUGAAACGGCCUAACUCCUCAUGAGUCUCUCCUUAGCUAAGUGCGCCCCUUCGGUAUAAUUAUUAUAAUUAUCCUCAUUAAACAAAGUAUCUGUAUGGCUUGCUGGAGUCUUCCUUAAACAUCAAGUCACCACCCGUGACCGUAGGUGUCCGGCUAAGACUGCGAAGGAUUUUGGCUGUACCCAGUAUAAGCGUGCUCUCUGCAAUGCUUCUAAUCUGCAUGUGACGCCAAUCUCUGUGAACCACUUUUCUAUGUCUUUCGAGACGGUUCCUAAUGCACCAAUUAUAACUGGCACUACAGCUACUCUGCGCAAUUUCCAGAUUCAUUUAAACUCGCGCUUCAGUUCUUGGUAGUUCUAAAUUUCUUCUUUCUCCGUCCCUUUCACUCGGGUGUCAAAUGGACAAGCAACGUCAAUAAUUAGGUACUUCCGAUUUAUCUUAUCUAAUACCUCAAUGUCAGGCUUGUUGUGUUCAACCUUGUUGUCAGUCUGUAUUUUGAAGUCUCACAGCAGUUUGUUGUUACUGCAUUCAUACACUGGUCGUGGCUCGUGGUUGUAAUAUUUUUCAUCCCUGUCAUAACCCAGCUUUUCACAUAGGCCCCAGUGAAUCACCUGCGCCACUUUGUUGUGCCUCCAACAUCAAUAUAAAUUGCUUUUGAGCAAGUUUCUCGCAUUCCGAUACAAUAUGACUAAUUGUCUCAUCACUUUCUCCGCGCGUUCUACACUUUGCAGACACAUUUUACCUGUCAAUUAUCCUCUUUAUACUAUUCGUUCAUAAAGCUUGGUCUUUUGCUGCGAUAAUCAGACCCUCCGUCUCCUUCUUUAGUCUGCCCUUUAUCAGCCACUUCCGCGUCUUUUUAUCUCUUACUAGCGUGUUUCUCCAAAACUCCCUAUGAAUUUGUUUCCCCUGAAAGCGCUCUUUCCUUUCUUGCUGUAAUGAUUCGGCCUCACAACUUUUAGCAUAACAUCUUAGAACCUCUUCCUUGUACACUGCCUCCAACAGGGAGCCGUUACAACCCUCAACAUACCUGCUAAGUCUAUUGAUCUCACUAUUUGCAGAGUCCUCAACACUCAUUGAUCCUCUACCACCCUCUGAUCUUUUAAAGUAAAGCCUGUCAAUAUCAGCCUGCAGAUGCAAAGCAUGAUGUAGAGUCGUUGUCGUCAUCAUCAUCAUCAUCAUCAUUAUUAUUAUCAAAAUUAUUAUCGUUAUUAUUAUUUUUUCACAGCACACCCAGCGAUCCUCGUCCUGCUACCGAUUCUUUCCUAGACUACGUAUAUUUUCAUUGGUCAAACCAUCCCUUCAUUCGCGGUGGGUACACAUCCCCUACUGCCAACGCGUACGAUCUUCGUCACGUGAUUACCACUCCUGUUGAAGAUCGCUUGUUUUUUGCGGGUGAAGCUACAAGUCUUCGAUCGUGCUCAACUGUACCAACUGCGAUAGAAACUGGAAUCCGCGUGGCCGAUCAAGUGUGUCUCGCAGCUGGAAAGAGUCUUUGUUCUAAACUUUAAUCAGCGUUGGUUUUGAGAAUCCCGUUUUCUUUCUUAAUUAAGUUUAAGAUAUACACAAUAUCAGCAAGUCCACAGCAACAAAGCAAUGAGUGGUGCCGGAUCUCCCAGUUGUAGACCUGGAUCAGUACAAUUAAACUUGUAGAAAAAUAUGAAACGGCAAACUGAUCCUUACGACAAGGCUUUUAGUUUUAUUUUCAUUUUUCUCUUAGCCCCUGAAGAAGGUUUGUUUUCAAACUGAAGUAUUGGGCAAUUUGUUUGAAUAUAAAUAAUAUAUCUUUUGUUUUAUUCUUUUGUUUAUUUCUUCAUCGCCUUGCCGUAAGGAUCAGUUUGAAGUUCAAGACUCGGGCUUGAAAAACAUUUCAUUCAGUUAGUUCUUUGGAAUUUAAAAACUUAGUGGUAAAUUUUACUGGUUACUUUUUAGAGACAUCUUUUAGUGUUGCGAAAGUCGUUUUUAGUGGACUGACUUGAUUGAGCCUUGGGGGUGGAAAACUGGUCCACCGUCCCGUCACCGUCAGGCUGAAAAAGGGAAAAACCCUCAACCACUGCUUAAAAGCGCCCUCAGUUAUACACCCAUCUACCCGUAAACAAAAAAUACUUCCGAUUAUAACCCCCUCCAAAUGCAUUGUUUGAUGCUUGAUUGAA